GAUCGUCCGCAGCCCAUCUGCCGAAACCCAGUCCUCCCUCGCCCCCUGUUCGUCCCCGCCGCUUACAAAUUCGCCCAAAAUUUGCCCCCAAUUUUCAUCCACCGAGCACAAAUCCAAUCAGAUCCGAUUUCGUCGAGAUGAAGCCGGCAGUGGAGGUGGAGGCUGACGAGCGAGCGGCGGAAAUUAAGAAGGCAGCGGCGGCCAAGAAAGCCGCUGAGGAGGUUGAGGUGGAGGAGGUGCUGGACGGGGAGGAGGAAGAUGGGGAGGAGGCGGUCGAUGGGGACGAUGACGGUAACGAGGAAGACGAUGGGGAAGGCGGAGAGGAGGACGACGAGGAGGAGGUGGAGGGGGAGGAAAAGGAGGCGGCAGGGGUUGUAGAGAUCUCCGACGAAGAUGACGACGACGACGGGGAGGCGGACGACGACGACGGGGACGACGACGACGACGACGAUGACGACGACGACGACGAUGACGACGACGAAGAGGUCGACGGCGAAGACGAGCAGGAGGAGGAGCUGGGAACUGAUUAUCUUGUUCAGCCCCUUGGUCGGGCUGAAGACGAAGAGCACUCAAGCGACUUUGAACCUGAUGAAAACGGUGAUGGUGCUGAGGAGGAGGAGAUUGACGAAGAAGAAGAAGAAGAUGCUGAUGAUGGUGCGAAGGCACAGUCCUCUACGAAGAGGAAGAGGUCAGGUGACGAUGAUGAAGACGACGACGGGGAUGAUGAUGGCGACGAUGAUGACGAUGGGAGGCCACCAUCAAAGCGAUAGUUGUGCCCGGAUUUGUCAUCUUCUGGAGAGUGCCAAGAAAGAAAGAAAAUAGAAAUCCUCUCUCGCUCUGCAGAACGCGGGCCGGUGUAGCCUUUUAGGUUUGUAGCUGCUGAAACUUGGUUAGUCGAGUCUUGAGUCCUCCGUGGUAGGUAGUGCAUACUGCUGAUGUUGGUUAGCAGCCAGCCUCUAUCAACUUUGAUGGGUGAUUUGUGAUAGAACCUGAGGCUAAGCUUGUGUAGCGUCUAAUUCGGGUCUGUGGAUGCUUUGUUCCGAAUCGUUCAUAAUUUCUGCUUGCUCUUUGCGUUGUUUGUCUA